GUCGCGGUCGAUGCACAGCGUGCGCGCCUUCACGGCCAGCUCGUGCUCCAGCCGCGAGCGCGUCAUGCCCAGCAGCUGCAGCGUGUCCUGCGUCUCCCGCAGCCGCAGCCGCAGCGUCUGCAGCGUGUCGUCGAUGGUGGGAACUGGGCGCUUGAACCUGGGUCCUGACACAGGAUGACUUGUGAGCUGUACCGGUGUGCCACCACCUGGUCCCAGAUUUCUUUCCUUUAAAUAAGAUUUGUGUAUUUUAUGAUGACGACCAGAGCACCACUGGCCCUGUGCUGCCAGGAACUGAACCCCAAGCCCACCACAGCCUGGGCGAAAUGCUUCCUCUUCACUCUGCUUAACUCCAGCUGUCUACAGCCCCCAGGCCAAAGUCUGCAUGGGGUGGGGGGAGCCCACACAGGCCUGCGUCCAGGGUGUGUGCCUCAGACCCCUGGGGCAGCACCCACCAGGAUGGGGGCUUGGAAUCUUCUUGCCAAGGGGAGUGGGAUGAGCUCCACGUUUAGCACGCGACACCGUCCACAGCUGGCAGCUGAAGCCAACUACUGAAAGGAGAGAAGCUGGCCACCAAGACGAACCAACAGCCACCAAGACCAAGACCAGCCAAUGGCCACCAAGACCAAGAACAGCCAAUGGCCACCAAGACCAAGGACAGCCAAUGGCCACCAAGACCAAGGACAGCCAAUGGCCACCAAAACCAAUACCAGCCAAUGGCCACCAAGAACAAGAACAGCCAACAGCCACCAACCAAGACCAAGAACAGCCAAUGGCUACCAGGACCAACCAACAACCACCAAGAGCAAGCCAGCCAGUGGCCACCAAGGCCAAGAACAGCCAAUGGACACCAAGACCAAGAACAGCCAACGGCCACCAACCAAGACCAAGAACAGCCAGUGGCUACCAAGACCAACCAACAGCCAUCAAGACCAAGACCAGCUAAUGGCCACCAAGACCAAGAACAGCCAGUGGCUACCAAGACCAACCAACAGCCAUCAAGACCAAGACCAGCUAAUGGCCACCAAGACCAAGAACAGCCAAUGGCUGGCCACCAACCAAGACCAAGAACAGCCAAUGGCUACCAGGACCAACCAACAGCCAACAAGAGCAAGCCAGCCAGUGGCCACCAAGACCAAGACCAGAUAAUAGCCACCAAGACCAAGAAUAGCCAACGGCCACCAACCAAGACCAAGAACAGCCAACAGCCACCAACCAAGACCAAGAGCAGCCGAUGGCUAACAAGACCAACCAACAGCCACCAAGACCAAGACCAGCUAAUGGCCACCAAGACCAAGAACAGCCAACGGCUACCAAAACCAAGACCAGCCUAGGAGCUGCCUAUCACCACCCUGCCACAGUCCAUGUGCCAAGAACUGUCCUUGUGGGGCUACAUGAAACACACAUUGAAGGAAACCCCACACCCCCACCUCUGCACUCCAGCCUGGCAGCCCAGAGACCAGGCAGGCAUGGGAGCAGCUGUGUGAACAGGUAAGAUCCCGGCUGUGGACGCAGCACAUGCUGAGUGCCACACACUGCCCUGUGCUCACCCACUCUGCCUGGGUCAUCCUGAGGCUGGA